ACUGCCGCGCCGACAUGUGCUUCCCUGUAUGUGUUCGCCGUGUAUAUGGUAUGGGUGUGUGUGUGUGUGUGAGCAGACUUGCCACCGCACAAGACAUUCGCUAUCUGCACGACUUGAACACACAAAUGUCUGUGAAGCGGCAGACUACGUGCGCGGAGCAGCAAAACGAGCGCGAACUCUGUAGCAAACACUUCGAAACCUUCGACACCUUCUGGGGGCGCCCAGGGCACGGCGCGCCCGUUGAGGUAACGGCAAAGCAGAAAUUGGACAAUUUGCUUUACGGCGCCAGCAACGAAUGCUGGAAUUGAGUAGCGUUGCCACAGCGUUGCCGGCAUAAAAAGCAAAUCUAGUGCAAUGACCGCUUUCGCGGUGACGCGCGGAGAGGAGGAAGGAAUAAGCACACGAAGAAGAGAGAGGCGAAAGAACACUGAAACACUUUAAAUUGACUUUUGUUCGAAAGAUUUGGUUACUUAAGCAAAAGUUAUGCAAUUUCAAUCAGACUUUAUCUUGCAUAAGCAGACACAUACAUAUACACAUGCAUAUGUACAGAAGUAUGUGCAUGUGUGUGAGUAUGCAUUAUUUUUUUUUUACCGAAACGAAAGCGAAAUGUCGUGGCGCGCGAAAUUUUGUCGAUUUGCCAGGUUGCAAGUUGCACAAAGUUGAAACGAAAAUGUGUAGACGAGCAGGAGAAUGGAAAUUUUGAGGUUAAGAAAAUCUUAUUUAACACUUCAAUUGCUUAAAAUGUUAUUUAAAUUAUUGUUUUAACUUAAGCAUCCUUUUUUAUUCCAAAUUAUUGUUUUACUACGCAAAUUACUUGUAGUUGUUGUAAAUUUCAAAGCUGGCUUUCGCUGCAUUAUGUAAGUCAAACGGUUGGAAUUUCUAGAAAAUUAGCUCAAAUCUUAUACAAAUUAUUUUAAAUUGUAUUAAAUUAUUAGUAAAAUGUUGGAAAUUGUAUUAUUUUUACUUAUUGACG